AUGUCUGGUCAGUCUAGUGUUGGCAACCGCGGCAUUUACGAAGCCGGUGACCAGCGCAACGUGCCUCAGUCUGAGAUCACCGAGGCCCAGCGCUACAAGGAGGGUCAGCCUGGUUCUCACAAGAACCUUGAUUCCAAGGACCAGCGUUCCAUCGCCAACAAGCUUGGUUCCCAGGGGAGCAAGCCCGACUCUUCGCACCACCACAACAACAGCUUCAACCAGGAGGCUGAACUCAGCAAGCAGGAUCCUACCAAGCCUGCUAAGCUCCAUGGCAACGCUCCCUCUAAGGGUGCUAAGAUCGAUGCCGAGUUGAAGGCUGAGGAUGAGCAGCGCCUGCGUGACAAGGGUAUUAAGAAAUAA